UUGACUAUGACAUUUUAACGGAAAAAAAAGUUAUUUAUUACGGAAACUCCCGAAGUUAUCAUAACAAGCAACAUGGCGGCUCGGAAAAAGCACCAAAAUCAAACAGGACAAAAUGAACGCACGAACGAAAAAGGAACGUCAACCAAACUGAAACAAAAAUUUCCUAGAAGAAAAGAAAAACGAGACAACGCCGUGGAAGGAACUGUUGUAGGAGAUUUAAAGCAGUUUAGCAAAGGAUAUCUUGCUUCGGUGAUUGGGCUAGCACUGUUGGUGUCUUAUCUUCAUGGAGCCCAUAUCUCCAAAAUGUUUGAGAGUGACCGCCACUUCUCCCACUUGUCCACGCUGGAGAGAGAGCUGGCCUUCAGGACGGAAAUGGGCUUGUACUACUCCUACUUCAAGAUCAUCAUAGAUGCUCCUAGUUUCACCAGGGGUGUCUACUCCAUCAUGAAUGACAACAUCACAGAGUUUCCUUCCACAAUUAACACACUGAAGAGGUUCAAUCUCUACCCAGAGGUAGUUCUAGGGGCAGCAUAUAGAGUAUAUGAUAGUGUAAUGUAUGCCAUGAACAAACCUACCAAGCAGUGCUGGACAGUCAACAGAGGACAGGGUCUGGCCCCAGUGGAGAGUUGUGAAGGUCUUGGUGAGCCUUCUUAUUUCUAUGUGGAUUCAGUUUUCUUUCUUAAUGGACUGAUGAUGGGGGUGAUAUUUCUUUAUGCAACUUUUCUCAGUGGCAGCAUAUUUGGGGGCAUCCUCACUGUACUGUGCUUCUUCUACAACCAUGGAGAGUGCACCAGAGUCCAGUGGACCCCUCCUCUCAGGGAAAGCUUUGCCUAUCCAUUCCUAGUGGUCCAAAUGUUACUAGUCACCUAUGUGUUAAGGACAGAGCGUCCUACCUAUAGACACAGUGCAAUGAUAGCCCUGGCCACAGUGUGUUUUAUGCUGCCCUGGCAGUUUGCUCAGUUUGCCCUGUUAACACAGACUGUCUCUGUACUGGGGACAUAUGUCCUGGGCUUUAUUGGUUCUCAUAAGAUGAAAGUGGUACUAUAUGGACAGACAGUAGCUCUAGUGAUAAGUUACAUCUUCCUCUUUGGGAAUGAGAUGUUAUUGACUUCGUUUUAUGCUUCCUGUCUAUUCACUGUUCACAUCAUAUUACUUUUAGAACCUAUAGUAGAAAAUAUUAAGAUCAGGCCACUGAUCUGGUUAGUGCAAGGGGCAGUACUGGCAGUAGGCACCAUUACAAUCAAGAUGGGACUUUCUAGUCUUUUUAAGAUAGCAGAUGAUGCUCAUAUAUCAGAUAUUUUUAGAAGCAAAUUUGCAGACUUCAAGAACUUCCACACCAUGUUGUAUACGUGUGCUCCAGAGUUUGACUUCAUGCAGGCAGAGACUCCUGUGAAGUUACUCCAAACCCUUCUGCUGCCCAGUGUGUUCAUAGCCUCUGCUGGGGCAACUGUUAUUAUACUGCGCAAUGAGUACCAGCAGUGGUGCCAACCCCAGGGUACCGAGGUGGGCGGUGGGGAUACCCACAGCAGGGAGGAAGAGGAGGAUGAGGAAGAAGAAGACAGUGUGUACAGGAGUCGAGCCUACAGGUCCAAGCCACAUGCUGAGGUGCUAUACAACAUGUUCCAGCUGCUGGCAUACACAGCAAUGGCAGUGAUCAUCAUGAGGUUGAAACUGUUCUGGACACCACACUUGUGUCUGCUGGCUUCACUACUGGCUUCUAGACAGUUCUUUGGCUGGGCGUGCCCCAAGAAGACCCACAUCAGUGUACUGGUGGGCCUGAUGGCAGUGAUGAGUAUCGCAGGGUUCGGGAACUUGAAGCACCAGUGGGGGAUCAUGGGAGAGUUCAGCAACUGGCCGCAGGAAGAGAUGGUGGAAUGGAUUAAGGCACACACACCUCAAACUGCUGUGUUUGCUGGUCCUAUGCCUACCAUGGCCACCGUGAAGCUGUGUACGGGAAGACCCAUAGUGAACCAUCCACACUAUGAGGAUGCAGGGCUGAGGGCCCGCACCAAGAAGGUGUACAGCAUGUACAGUAGGAAACCUGUGGAGGAGGUGAAGCAGAAUCUCAUGGAUCUUCAGGUGGACUACGCUAUCUUGGAGGAUUCCUGGUGCAUCAGGAGACAGAAGCCAGGCUGUGCCAUGCCAGAGAUAUGGGACGUCGAGGAUCCAGAGAACAAGAACGCCCCCGAGCCGACCUGUACAACACUCAGGAGAAACCCAGGUCCACACUUCAAGAGAGUCUUCAAGAAUGAUGUGUAUGAAGUACUGAAGAUUGUCAAAUAAUGUGAGGGGUUUUGUGUGCUCAAAAAGCAGAUUUUUGGUCACAACUGUGUCAGGAGUUUUGAUGUUAUGUGUACAUCAGAGAUGGGCAAAAGUUUGGAGGUACAAAAAUGGAUGGUUGUUUUUGUAAUGAUGAUUUUUACCAGGAUGAUAUUUUAUAUUGUUAUCAAAUUGGAAAGAUUCAGGGAAGCAGUGUAUGUGGUAUGGCAGGCAUGGUAAUUACUUCAAGUAUCUCACCCACUCGAAUAUUUGACUUUGUCAGGAUUUGUCAUUCUAGGCACUCAGGUGUUCUUUUCAACCUGAAGGCCAACUUAAUUUCCAAAAUUUUUUGACUCGACUCUUUUAAGUAUGACAAGCAAAGCAUUGCUUUGGGGAAAAUUAUUUAUUUUGUACAUUUUUUUUUAGUAAUUACCAUUUAUUUCAGGGUCUGCAUAAUUUUUAAUCUGGCCAUCUGUUUUCUUUUUUUUUUUCCUACAAAAUGCCGUCAGUGGUACUGAAUCAAUCAAAAUGUUGAAUCAAAUAAGAGACCUCAGGUCAUUGUUAAUCAAAUACUGUGAAUUAUGGAAAGAAAUACAUGAAAGUCUGACCAGUAUUACUCAACUGUAUUGUUUGAUUGGGGUCAGCAAACAUUUUAUUUAGCUUUUUUUUCUGCCUGUUUAUUUUAUUGUCUACUUCCACAGAAAUGACUUUGUUUUGUUCUAUUAUUGAUAUUAGGUAGAAGUUGUAAACAGCUGGACUUAAGAACUGCAUAUGUUUUUUUUUUUUUUCCUCAUAGAUAUACUCUGCUUUGAUUGUGAAGGCAUGUUACAUCCUUCUUAAAUAAUCAAAA